AUGAAAACGAAGGGAAUAAAUUGUUCUCCAUUACCACCUAGCAAUGGCAUGAGUUCUGAAUUUAAGUUACAACAAAAGAACAAAACGAAGUGUUUUCUCGACCUUUCUACCUCUGGAAAUGGCCACUCUGGGAACAUUCCACUCUAUCACAGCCGAAAACGAACAAUACCUUUCCUUGCACGCUGCUUCAUUCCCUUCCCCUCGUUCUACUCGAGUCGCUUCCCGAGGAAAUCCGAAGUCCCGCCUCCAAAUCAAAAACAAACAACAGCGCCCGCCCCGCCCUUUCCCCUGCAGAGAAGGCGGCAAGGAGGACAGGAACAAAAAAGACAUUAUGACCCCGACGUGAUUCGAACACGCAGCCUUCUGAUCUGGAGUCAGACGCGCUACCGUUGCGCCACGAGGUCCUACUGCGAAGUGUUGUUCAGAGCUUUACAACUCAUCUACAAGAGCUGCCCGCCGCCGCAUCGCUUUACUGCUUCAAACCUCCCUUUCCCCCCCAUGGGCUCACUUCCCACAUCCCGUGCAGGUCUGUUGACGCCCCUUACCCACACACCGGCUGCCAGCACUAAGGGCCUCUCGCUCCUUUGGUGGUGUAAAGCUCACUCCUCGCGGCUCUGCCGUCAUACUACGGCUCCUGGUUGCUCGUUCCCACUCCACGGCCCUCAGAUUAUUUCCGCGGCUAAGAGACCGUCCCUCUGCCUAUUCCCGCCGCGAUCGACUACUGUCGACGUUGUUAAACAACACAGAUAAAGGGUAGCCAUGAAAACACUGCUUUAAGGCGUUCCUCGUUAGUAUAGUGGUGAGUAUCCCCGCCUGUCACGCGGGAGACCGGGGUUCGAUUCCCCGACGGGGAGAGCUGACAGUGUUUUGUUAAUCCUCACCGCCUGGCUGCGUUACCUACACUAAAGAUCAAAUCAGCGGCGCCUGGGGUGACGUUUGUUUUGGCUGCUGUUUUUGUAGCAAGAGCUGCGCCCAACUGCGAUCACUAGCAAUGCUCGCUUUGAGGGAGGCGGUAAGGCAAAAGUCUUGGCUCUCCCCGUCGGGGAAUCGAACCCCGGUCUCCCGCGUGACAGGCGGGGAUACUCACCACUAUACUAACGAGGAACCGCAAGGCUCACGCGGCCUCCGGUGCCGCCGCCCCUGCGGCGCCCGGGGUCUCCCGCCCCUCUUCAGUGAGGCCGCGCUGGGCAGAAGUCGGCAGAAGGCGGGGCCGUGCGCUGGAGCUCGUUGUCCAGACAGUGGGUGUUCUUUAUGUGGGUGCCAGUUUGCUGGCACGAGGAGGGAACGCGUGGAUAGCCUCCCACCCGUAGCUUGUUUCCUCCUACACCCCAUAAUUGAAGGACAUGUGUGAGCAAACUGGUGAAAAAAGCGAAAGAAAACUGCCAGGCUCGAGGCACUGAAGAAGCAAAGCAGCCCAGAUAAUCUUUACAUUUGUAUUUUUGCAUCUGGUUCGUGCAGACAGUUUCUUU